UUUCAAUAUAAUUUUAAACCAAAGUACCAUUUUGUGGGAGUAGCUCUUUUUCUCUUUAAAGAAACCAAGUAGUACACAUACUGUACCUCAGUAAAAUAAAUACCAUCGACUAGUCUGUAACGGAGUGUCCUCCUUCCAACCGCUCGUCUCCAACAGUGUGAGGCACUCUUGGCCGGCACCCCCAAGAAGGCCUCGACAUGCUCUCGGCCUCAGACCAGCCUUCAGGCGUCGGUUGUGUUGCAGGUUACGGCCCCGUGCCCGGCCCCGGCGCUCUAUACCACGGCUACGGCCCCGCUGCACUCGGCCCUCCUCCGGGCUGUCACCCGGGCCCGCCCCUGGAACCAUCGGCAUCGUCCUGGCCGACUAGCGGCCCCGGCUGGUUCCAGAGCGAGGGCCCGCCAGGCUCGGGCAAGUCCUCGUUCGUGUGCAAGGGGUGCGGCAAGUCGUACCUCCACCACUCCUCGGUGCACAAGCACAUCCGUUUUGAGUGCGGCAAGGAGCCGCAGUUCAAGUGCACCUUCUGCCCACACCGCAGCAAGCUCAAGAGCAACCUGAAGAAGCACCUGCGGAACUCUCACAACUACCCAUGAUCUGUGAGCCGCGGCGACGUCUCAGAACAUGCAUGCUGGACAGCUUAGUUCCAUGCUGCCGUCUGCGCUGUCCGGCCUGUUCGUCUGCCCCGACUGCUUCAAGCCGUACAAGUACCGCAAGUCCCUGACCCGCCACCUCCGCUACGAGUGCAACAUGGAACCGCAGCAGCUGUGCAAGUUGUGCCCGUACAAGGCCAAGCUGCGCUCCAACCUGAUCCGCCACGUCCGGGAGAAGCACCUGCAGCUGUCGGGCCACCAGCUGGGGGGCCAGCCGGCCUAGCCCUUCUCCAUGCUCAAGGCCAAGCUGCGCUCCGACCUGCUUCGCCACACCUGCGAGCGGCACCUGCCCUGUCGGCACCUGCAGCCCGCUGUCGGGGUAGGGCCAGCACCUGGGAGGCCAGUCAGCCUAAAGCUCUCCUCAAUGCCUGGUAAUUCAUGUGGCCACAAUCCUGCUGGGACCUGACCUGAAUAAAGACAUAAUUUAUUUUUA